UUCUGAUCCAGGCAGUCCUCCAUUCUUCUUGGAUAGUCAUUCAUUACAGUUUCAUUUUCAUAUAUAACAUACAACAUGCCUUCCAUAAUCAAAUCCCUAACCGCCCUCGCGAUCUUCGCCACGGGCAUCGACGCUCAAAAGCGAGCAUUCCUCUCCAACCUCGACGCCCUCGAUGCAUCGUCCGACCGCAUCCCACCCACUGUCGGCUUCUCCAUCAGCACCUGGGCCAAGGGAUCGUACCCGCAAUUCUGCUACGACCAGGCGCGUACGCUCCGCGGAAACGGACAGGUCAACUGCGCGAUUGGAAACCUCGAGGUCUACACCGUGACCUACAAUGACUGCCCCACGAGGCCAUGGACGCUGUGCCGUUGCUCCGACUCGAAUCUUAGUCGUCAGAAGUACGCGGAGGACUUUGGCCGCGUGCCACCGGGCAUUCGUAGCCGUGUCGUCCAUGCCUUGAGCGUUCAGGACAGCGGAACCAGUGCGGGAUCGGGUAACGACCGUAUCUUGUUCCGUGGAAAUGUCAAGCCUGCCGUCCAUGUCCACGAGGCUAUGCACAGUGUCGACCAGGGCUUCUCUCGUAGCACCACGUUCACCAACGCCUACAACCAAGACUCCUGCGUCCCCGACGACUACGCCAACGCCAGCCCCGCCGAAGACUUCGCCCAGCUCGGCGUCUGGAUCCAGUACGACACCAACCCCUCCACCAAACUCCGCAGCUACGUCGGCGACUUCAGCUGCAUGGGCCAUCAGCUCGAGCAGGUCGGCAUCUACGCCGGCGAGCAGCUCAACAAGGCCACGAGCAAGUGCUUCGACCGCAGGCCGAAUGACGCGAACGUCUCGGUUGCGUUUGCCAAGGGCACUGGCAAGAUUAAGGCCAGCGAGGUCGAGACGCUGCCUGCGACGCCUUUGGAGUUUGAGGACGUUUGGGAGUAGAUUUGAUCGUAAUAGAAAGGAGAGGAGUUGUGUUGUUGUGACUGGAUGGGUUUUUAGUACAUAAUCCAUUAAUAUGUAAUGUUUUUCGCCGGUACUCAAUAGCUCCGAUAUGGCAAUGAAAU